UUUGAGAAAAAUUUCUUUUGGUAAUUUUUAUUAAUUGAUCGCAAACGGUAUUUGUCUUGGUGCGGCCCGUUUGCCCUUUGACACGGAACACGUGAGAGUGACGUCACUCGAAGUUUGCUGGGCAGGCGGGUCGGACGUUUCUUUCUGCUCUCCUUUUUCAAAGUUUGUGUCUCGGAUGUGCUGAUAUGGAGUCAGAUUUUGCGAGAGAGACGUCGGGACGUCGCUGUAAAGUGUGUCGACUCCCGGUGAGAGGCCAUCCGGGUCCAUAUGGCCGCGGGAAGUGCAAGUUUGAGCGACGGGAAGGUUCAUCGGACGAGGAAUACUUCAAGCAACAGCGGGGCAGCUCUCACGUUGAGGAGAAGUUACAAAGUCUCCGUCGGGAAAGCAAAGUUUCCGACCUCGUGCGAGCGGCCUGGUCGGACAGCAUCUCCGAGGACACGGACGAGACGCAGGUGAGACAGUCGAGAUCACUCAACUUGAAGAGGUCUUCGGGCCGCAGCAGGGAGAACGCCAGCACUCGGGCUAGAAGCGAACCCCCUGUCCAGUCUUCCCGCCAUCGCACACGGAGUAGCAGCAGCGAGGCUACGGCAACACGGGACAAGGCGAAGCCUGACAUUCGUGAUCUCAGAAAGUCUCGGGGUUUAGUCAAGGAAGUAGACAAAGCGCUGGACGAGUUGUUGAAUCCAGAUAUCAGCCAUGGGAAACAACCCAGAAGCAAGCGCUACCAGGAUCGCGGCUCCGUUUCAAGUUCGUCACAGUCAGACAGCACGGAGUCGGAUUUCGUGAGAGAACCGGCCAGGAGGCGCCAGCGACGCAGGGGGUCGCGUGGCAAGAGUGGCAAGAUGACAGGGAAACACGUCUCUUCAAAGCGGCCCGUGUCACGCCGACGCUCUGAUAGCUAUGAUUCGGACACUUCUUCUGGCAUGGCUGAUGAUUCCCGCUCACGUUCUACCAAGCGCCGCCGACGCCGGGCAGGUAAGAGCGGUCGAAAACGUACUAUUAAUGAUUCGGGUACUCGUCGUGUAAAAGUUGAUUGGCCACAGCACAGAGUACACUUCCCAGGACAUGGGAAGGAAGGGGGCGUGACUUAUGAUCAGUUGUCCUUGCCCAUGUUUGUACACGGUUUUCUGAAGAAUGUUCUGUAUUCGGAGCGGGUUUCGGUUGACGCGGAGCAUAAGUUGGUUCAUCUAGCAGAUCUUAUGUUCGAUGCUGUGUACUAUAACUGGGAGUUAGUUCGGGAAGUCCACGCAUCUUUACUGUACGGGAUAGAGUAUGGUUCGCUCACGUGGGGUAGCCGCGGCACCUUUGAUGCCGUCAGAGAGAGACACUACCGGACACAAGCUGGCGUCGCUCGUGGCAACCCGUCGUCAUCGAAGGCGGGUCCUGUCAGGGAAGCUCGCGCGGCGGGAAGCAGGCCGCGGUAUUGUGGCGGGUUUCAGUACGGCAGCUGUUCCCUACAAUCCGGCCAUUGGAGUUCACGGUGGAACGCCCCAAUGCUACACGUCUGCAGUGCGUGCUUGAUAGUACGGGGCAUACAGGAACCACAUUCGAGUCAAGAUUGCCAGUACAAACCCCGGCCAUUUCUCGGCUCGACAGGGGACACCGCCCACCUCUCCCAGAGACCGGGUCCCUCACGCGGACGUUCACAGAGUGAUCAAGUUACAUGAAGAGGUUGCCACACUCGGUAAUCUUCCCAAUUUUAUCGGCGCACGUAGACCAGUGAAUUCAAACCUGAAUAUACAUACUUGGAGAACGUUACUCGAGAAUUAUGAACACAGACAUAUAGUAGAUUAUUUAGAAUUCGGUUGGCCUAUCAAUAUUCAAUCAGAAUCGUAUAUUCCACCGUCAGUUUUGCACCCGAGGAAUCACAAAUCUGCUACUUUGUAUGCUUCACAUGUGGAUCAGUUUAUUUCGGAAGAGUGUCAACAUGAUGCCAUAGCGGGGCCGUUUGCAACAAACCCGUUUCCUUUCCCUGUGGCCACACUACCUCUACAAACAGUGGAGAAACGCAAUAGUGAUAAGAGAAGAGUUGUAGUGGACUGUAGCUUUCCAUAUGGACAUUCGUUAAAUGAAGCAGUACCCAAGGAUACAUAUUUAGGGGACACAGUCCAACUGACAUACCCAUCGGUUGAUACCAUGACUCAGAUGAUUUUGAAUAAGGGAGCUGGAUGUUUGAUUUAUAAGACUGAUCUGAGCCGAGCAUAUAGACAAUUGCCUGUUGAUCCUAAGGAUUACAAAUAUCUGUGUUAUCGUUGGAGAGGUGCCUUCUAUGUGGACACUAGACUUGUAUUUGGGCUCCGAUCAUCGGCCUAUGUUUGUCAGACAACAACAUCAGCAGUGACUUUUAUACAGAAGGAGAAAGGCUAUGACGUGUGUAAUUACUUAGACGAUUUUGGAGGAGCUGAGGUUCCAGAAGUAGCUGAUACAGCUUUUGCCGAUUUACAGUCAACUCUAGCAAGUCUCGGCCUGGACGAGUCAGAACAGAAAGCUGUACCUCCAACCACGUGCAUGACGUUCCUUGGAAUCGAGUUUGAUACAGUUUCUAUGACCAGGCGUGUACCGCAGUUUCGGUUGGAAGAGAUCAGGCUUCUGAUUAAUUCGUGGUUAAACAAGAAGAAAGCAACCAGACGUGAACUCCAGUCUCUCAUCGGGAAGCUCGUUUUUGUUUCCUCCUGUGUGCCACCAGGACGGCUGUUUAUAUCUCGAAUGUUAGAGGCUUUGCGUUCAUUACGGCGGAAUCACCACAGACUGCGGUUGUCACGGGACUUCCGACUGGACCUUCUGUGGUGGCACAGAUUCAUGGACACAUACAACGGUGUAUCUAUGAUGGUUACCGAUAUUUAUAGCUACCCGGACGAGUUGGUUAUGACUGAUGCCUGUGCCACGGGGUGCGGUGCAUUUUGUGACGGGCAGUUCUUCCACAGUGUGUUCCCAGACCA